AUGUGUUUGCUACUCUUCACGAGCAGCUAUCGGAGUGAGGGUAACCACGCGUUUGACGACUUUGGUCAGUAUGUGGCGGUCAACGAGGUCGUAUCGGCCGACGUAGUGGCUACUAUCUCUAUAGUCGAAAGUAGCCACCAUGUGCUUGUCGACCUCAUUGGGUGGUCAGCUGCACGACGUUACUCUGAGCUCGAGUUUCUAUCGCACUCUCAACGUUCGGCACGACCAGAGCGCCGGCUUCGUGUGCUUUUUGCGCUCCGUGUACAAUAUGGCAUUAAAAAUGAAAGACACACGAAGUUGCUCCAAGACCCCACAGCAGUGGCUUUGCAACGACUAAGCCCCGACAUCUCGAACACCGAGACGUCAAGAGUAUCUGUAGCCAGGGCGAAACCGGAUGCAUGCAGGCGUCAUCAACGGGCUUCUUGUGAAAAGCAUUUUGCGUGCGAGACCUCCAUCGAGCCACGAUCGAACGGCGGUUGGGUCAAGGUACUGCUACCUAAGUGCAUCCCAACCAGCUCGAAACGGAGGUCUUGCAUGCUGCAGCGUCUCGACAACAACAAAAUCGUGUGCGGUGCUAGUGGGAAAGUAGUGCAGGCGCUGUCGAAUGUCCACAAGCUUGCACAUUGUGCUCAGUCACUUGACUUCACCGAAUCGAAAGUUAAAAGUUCAUAA